UACGAGUUUUUUUUUUUUUCUUGCCUUACAUGGAUUGUGUGCCCCAUUCAUGAUUUCCGGAUCGUGCGGAUACAAGCUGCAGGUGUCAUUGCAGCUGUCAUAUGCUACGAGUCAGAUGUGACCCACUGCUGCCAGCUUGGGGGAAAAACUGACUAAUGUGACCCCAGGUCCUCCUUGUUGGUCACCAUGGGAUGUGGCACCUCCGUUGCUACAGAGACACAAGGGAAAAGAGUGGAGACAGAAGACACACUUAAGACUCCCAGCCCGGCUCUGACUAUGAAGGCAGCUGUUUUGAUCCAGCGAUGGUACCGGCGUUACAUAGCCCGUCUGGAGAUGCGACGCAGGUACACCUGGAAUAUCUUUCAGUCCAUUGAAUAUGCCGGGGAACAGGACCAGCUACAGCUCUCCAGUUUCUUCAGUUUCAUGCUCAACAACUUCACUCAGCUGAAUGGAAACGGGCCAGACUUGAUCUCCCAGCUGCUGGACCCGGUAGUCGACCCCUGGUUAGACAGAGAGACCUGCUACAACUUGAUCCCUGUUCCAGAGUCGUACACCGGGCCACGACUGACGUUUCCUCUCUCCGUCUCUGAUACGAACGCCCUCCUCAGUGCUUUUAAGGAGCAGCAGAGUCUACAUGCCAGAUAUGUUCUGCAGCUGCUGUACGAGACCAAAAAGCUCCUCAAACAGAUGCCCAACAUCAUCCACUUGUCAACAUCCUACACCAAAGAUAUCACUAUAUGUGGUGAUUUGCAUGGCCGGCUUGAUGACUUACUUCUCAUAUUUUAUAAGAAUGGUCUACCCUCUGCGGAGACUCCAUAUGUGUUUAAUGGUGACUUUGUGGAUCGUGGGAAAAAGUCAAUCGAGGUGGUCAUGCUCCUGUUCGCCUACCUUCUGCUUUACCCCGACAACAUGCACCUGAACCGAGGGAACCAUGAAGACCACAUCAUGAACCUCAGAUAUGGGUUCACAAAAGAAGUCAUGCAGAAGUACAAGACGCAUGGCCGUGAGAUCCUCCAGCUGUUUCAGGACGUUUUCAGCCUUCUGCCCGUCGCAACAGUCAUUGACGGAAAAGUCCUGAUCGUUCACGGAGGCAUUUCAGACCAGACAGACUUGGACUUUCUCAGCACCAUAGAGAGACACAAGGUGAAAUCUGCACUGAGGUUUCCCAGACGCACUUUAGAGCAGCUGGACAUCGGUCAGUCCAGCAGACAGAUGAAAAGAAUGAUAUCGACAGAUGGCUCUCGUCCCAGCAGCAGUCGAAGCCACAGCAAGAACCAAAGAACACCGAACCAGAGAAAGAGGCGGUGCAGGAUCAGCCGUCAAGACAGCGCCGUCUCCAUUUCUCCCUCCUCCUCCUCAUCGUCGUCAUCCUCCUCUUCACUCUGCUCUCCUCGAACUCCAUCCUGCCUCACGCCUCGCCCGUGUCCGUCUUCUCCCAGCAUGACCUACACUAUCAAUGUCCUCCAUGUACCUUUCCUGGACUCUCUGACUUCUGUUCCCCCUCCUUCAUCUCCACAACAUGAUCAGGAAUGGAAACAGAUCGUGGAUAUAUUGUGGAGUGACCCUAAAACCCAAGAGGGCUGCAGUCCCAACACAUUCAGAGGAGGAGGCUGUUACUUCGGCCCUGACAUCACCCAGAGACUGCUACUCCAACACGGACUCCAGCUGCUGAUCAGAUCCCAUGAGUGCAAACAGGAAGGAUAUGAGCUCUGUCAUGGUGGACAGGUGAUCACCAUUUUCUCAGCAUCAAAUUACUAUGAGGAGGGAAGCAACCGCGGUGCGUACAUCAAACUAGGCAGAGAUCUGGUCCCUCGCUUCUACCAGUACCAAGUCAGCCGCACAACACGCAAACUAACCCUGACACAGAGAGUACGGGCUGCUGAAGGCUCUGCUCUCAGGGCCUUGAAGGAGAAGCUGUUCACACAUCGCUCUGAGCUGAUGUCAGGCUUCCAGCAGUACGACCAGAAUAACACCGGUAGUGUGUCCGUGAGCGAAUGGGCUCAGGUGUUGGAGUCUGUGCUGAGAUUGGACCUGCCCUGGAGGACACUGCGUCCACACUUAGCCCGCCUGGCAGCAGAUGGCAGUGUGGAGUAUCAGUCCUGCUUCGAGAAUAUGGAACCAGGGAUUCCUCUGUCUCAGGUCACUCCAAACUUGGCUGAAACUCUGUUCAGAUACAGGACUGACAUUGAGAUAAUAUUCAACAUUAUAGACAAAGACCACUCAGGUCUGAUAUCCAUUGAGGAGUUUCGUCAGACUUGGCGUCUCUUCAGUGCCCACCUCGGGGUUGACAUCGAUGACAGAGCCAUCGAUGACCUGGCCCGGAGUAUUGACUUCAACAAGGAUGGCAGUAUAGACUUCACCGAGUUCCUAGAGGCCUUCAGAGUGGUACACAAACUGGACAACAAGGAUCAGCAGGUCAAUGGAAAGAUGGAUGGAGAGAAGUAUUCGUGAAGGGAAGAAUUUGAAGAAAUUUGAAGGUCAGCAGAGAAACUAACAGGAAGGACACUAGGAUAAGAUUAAAAAAUUUAGUAUUAAAGGGAAAAUAGCAGCAAUUUGGUGAUGUAUUAUACAGGUCUUGGAGCAUUUUGUCAUUUGUUGGUGUAUAUUUAGCUACACUAACAGCAUCGCUCUAGUCUAGGGGAUGGUCAAGGUCAUCAAUAGGUUGCUUUCCAUCCACCAUUUUGGUUUCAAAGUAAAAUAUCUCAACAAGCGUUGGAUGGAUCGCCACGAAACUUUGUGAAGACAUUCAAGUUUCCCAGUCGAUGGAUCCUUAAGACGUUGGUUGACUUUUCAUCUAGCACCACCAGUAGGCAAAAGUAUCUCUACAUCAACUAAAUGGAUUUACAUAUAUUUCGGUACAGACAUUCAUGUUUCCAAGAUGAUCUUUGGAUUUGGGGAACCACUGAAGAUUUUUCUAUGACCCCCGGCAGGCGGACACUUCUGAGCAUUUCAGCCUGCAUGAAAUGUCUCGACAAACAUUGUGGAUGGAUUGCCAUGAAAUUUGGUAGCAACAAGAGGGACUAUGUUAAACUGCUGCAUUUGUGCAGCAUUUUUAUCCAAAGUGCGUUACAAUUUGCCUCUAAUUGACACACAUACUAAUCUCUAAAAACAGAUUUGCAUAUGAAUAGAGAAUAUCAAGGUGAGGGACCAACAUUUUGGCACCAGAAGCUUUGUGGUUUCCAUUUGUAGUCCGUUUGUAGUGGUGUUGACCAGUCAGGUUUGAGUGGGCUGUGUAGAUCAAAAGAGGCAGAACACAUUGGCCAAAAUGCAAUUUCUGAACCCCUCACCUAUCGUUUGAUGGUGAUUUAUCAUCUUAGGGCAAAGGAUAAUGUGGAUAAUGUUUCUGGGUUUCUGAUGUGGAAAAAGAUUAAUGAUCUUCAGGGUCAAAACUUCCUCUGCAGUCCGAUUAACAAGGUGAUACUCAAGAAUGAUUGAAAGACACAUUUCUACAAAUCUCUCUGAUGGGUUAAUCUCAAUGAUACUGAGGUUGCACACACAUUGCAAAGAACCAUUGGAAGCAAUUUGAAGUUCAGAGUCUGUCCCAGGAAACUUGUGGACAGGAAGAGCUGGUGAUCAAACUGCCCAGUGAUUAGGGGACGACGAUAGAAGAUAGAUGUCUUGAGAAUAAAAGUUCACACAGAACAAUCACCCACUCGCAAAAAAAACUUUGCUAGAAAAAGUCUGGAUCAGGUUCUGGAGCUGCAUAUUAAAGGUACAGUUUGAUUUAGUAGCAGACCUGUGAGAAAACAUGGGUACAAGUCAGCAGGAGUGUGAUGUAGCACUGUCAAGUAUUGAUGACUGAAGGCUCCAGCCUGUCUAUUUAGAAGAAAUAGACACACAAUAUUGCUAAUGUUAGGGUUACAGUUAGUGUGUGUUCCAACUAUUUACCAAAAAGGAAUAAAAUUGCAUUUCUGAAAA